CUCCCGCUGAGUUGUGGUUGGUGAGAAAUCGACCUGAUUGGCUCUUUAAAUGUUGAAGGUUGCAGACCUCUGAUCUAAACUGUAUACACACAUUGUAAAGCUGUGUCACAACAUUAAAAAUGUGAGUGAAAUUUUCCCAAAUUCAUCUUCUGAAAGUAGAUCCUGACUUCUGUAUUGUUUUUUUUUUAAGAAGACUGUAUGAAAGUCUUAACAUUUUAUCAAUAUUUAUGUUCUGUGUAAACCUUUUCAUGCUGAAGAAAAGUUCAAAACAGUUUAAAUUUUUCUGUUUUUUUCAUAACGUGUUAAAAACAAAAUUGUUAUUACUACAGAUUUUAACAGAUAAAAUUAAUUCAAGUUAAAAGUAAAUCAUUUAGUUUUAAAGCUAACAAUGGCUGCCCUGUAUUUCAACGUGGUCUUAAAUAGAAAAAAAUAAAAAAUAAAUCUCAAACUUCUUGUCAUUUUAAAUCUUCUUUUCCCAAAAUGUGGUUGCACACAUAAUGCCUCUGCUAUUUGUAGUAAGGGAAGUCAUUCCUAAAGCUGGCUCCUCGUGCUGUUUUGUGUCCUGCGCACUUGAAGGCGCUCAGCUCAUCAGACAGCCUCACUUCCUGCAGAGAUCAGUGGAGCUGUCCUUGGUGCUGAAACGCAAAGAUAAGGUCGUGGCUUUUACUUCACCAAAAUUAACUUUUUUUACUGUAAACCGAGCACGGAACACUCCGGAUAAGUGAGUAUAGUCGGUUAGAAGAGAUUUACCAUCAGCGGCUGCGUCGUGUCCCUCGUUUUACGCUCUGCCGAGGAAUGUUGCGCCUCUAAAUUUACCUUUCAUUCAACCUUCAUCUGCACGGAGAGACAACUUCUGCGCAGGUUUUACCCAAUUAUGUUGCCUUCAGUGUCUCAUCUGUGAAGCCCCCCUGCGUCUGUUCUCUCCACAUUUUGCUCCAGGAGCUUGUUUUUAUUUCAGCCAAUAGCUGCUGGAAGCCAUGAGUGCGUGCAGCAGGAAGGCUUUGACUUUACUCAGCAGCGUCUUUGCAAUCAGUGGCCUGGGGCUGCUGGGAGUGGCGGUGAGCACGGAUUACUGGCUGUACUUGGAGGAGGGCGUCAUCAUGCCUUUGAACCAGAGCACAGACAUCAAGACAUCACUGCACUCCGGCCUGUGGAGGGUCUGCUUUCUGGCUGGUGAGGAGUCGGGCCGCUGCUUCACCAUCGAGUACGUCAUGCCCAUGAGCGUCCAGCUGACGUCAGAAUCCACCGUCAAUGUGCUCAAAAUGAUCCGCUCAGCAACUCCCUUCCCGGUGGUCAGCCUCUUUUUCAUGUUCAUCGGUUUUGUCCUCAACAACAUCGGGCACAUCCGACCUCAUCGCAGCAUCCUGGCGUUCGUGUCUGGAAUCUUCUUCAUCCUUUCAGGCCUCGCUUUGGUGGUGGGUCUUGUGUUAUACAUCUCAAGUAUAAACGAUGAAAUGCUGAACCGGACUAAGAGCAGUGAGGCUCAUUUUUCCUAUAAGUAUGGUUGGUCUUUUGCCUUCGCUGCGCUCUCUUUCCUGCUCACUGAGAGUGCAGGCGUCAUGUCUGUCUACCUGUUCAUGAAGCGCUACACAGCAGCUGAGAUCUACCAACCUCGCCACCCCAACUUCUACCGCCCUCGCCUCAGCAACUGCUCCGACCACUCCGGUCAGUUCCUCCACCCAGAGGCCUGGUCGCGUGGGCGGAGCCCCUCGGACAUCUCCAGCGACACCUCCCUUCAGAUGAGUGCCAGCUACCCUGCCCUCCUCAAAUGUCCCGACUACGACCAGGUGUCAUCGUCACCUUGCUGAGGAUGAGGAAUUACUAUUGAAGAUGGUCUGAAAGAAAAAGUAAAAAAUGUUAAACAGCUGUAAUUUUUUUUUUCAUUAUAAAAGCUUUUAAAUUGUUCUUUUUUUUUUCAAAAUAAAGCACGUUUAACAACACUUUGUCUGCAAAUAAUAGAUCAAAGGACAAACUAUGAAUUCAACCUGAAUUUAAUUUGUAAUCUAGUAUUGUUGGUGCAUUUACCUUUCAGUGCCUCUUCAGUCGUUUUACUUUUCAAAAUAAGAGCUUUGUUGCUCUACAGCUUAACAUAGAGUUUUCUGAAGUAAAAAGUCAUUUGGUUUAGUAAAAAGAUAAUGCUAAAAUCCUGGAUUUAGGUAAAAACCUGCAAAUAGACAUCUCAAAAAUCAAGAAUUUCAACAAACUGGAUGAAACACACAGGAAGUCCCACCCUGUGCUCUGCAGUUGCAAAAUUGCAGCAAAGAGGAUUCCUUGAUGUGUAAUUUAAUUUUUUUUAAUGAUUAUCAUAAAAUAUGAUGUUUAAAAAAUAUAUCAUGCUAAAUACAUUAAAUGUAUGUAUUUGUUGGCAGGAAUCUUAUCCUGUAAAUGUUUCUCUCCCCAAUUUUUCUUAGAGAUUCUGUUUCUGUUGUCUCAUUAACAGUCUAAAUGGGACAUUUACGCUAAAUAAUGUUCGAUUUUUUUCCUGAUUUAUUCAAAUUUUCUCCUUUUUUGUACUGAUUACACACAAGUAGCUGCUGCAUCUUGAUUGUUGAUUUUCCUAUGAUUUUCACGGUGUACCCUGUAUUUUAGAAAUGGAUUUGGGGCAUAAAGGGAAGAAAUAAUAAAAGGUUAUCUUUAAACAGUUUGUCUGAUCUUUUAAAACAGCUGAAGUUUCGUGGAGUGACCAGUAGAGGGCACCCUCUCCCCACAUAUGCAACUUCAAAAUAAGAGUUUUAAGCAAUUUCACAGCAUCACAUCAUGUUUCACCUGAUCCGGUGCGUUUUCCUUCUGUUUAUGUUGAUCUACCUGGUAGUUUUCAGUCAAAUGCCUCAACAUGUAACUUCUCUGCAAGGCUGUGACUGUCAAAAUGUCUGAGAAAAUAUUUCUGCAAACAAGUAGGUCAAGGGAAAAUGAAUAAUUAACACGCCAAGAGUCUGUGUUAAGCUUUAUGUAUACUUUAUGUAGAUACACAUAAUGUACAAUGUAACCAUUACAUUUUUUUUUUUACAGAGAAUAUAAAAGUUAAUGCAACUACACGCCCUGACAAGGCAAUAGAAGAUAAUAUUUGUGCCCUGACCACAAGGCUUUCUGGUUCAUUUACAAUCACGUAGAAAACUAUUGGUAUUUUUUGACAUUAUCAAUUCUAUUUUUCAUCAUCGCUGAUAUUCCUUUAGUUAUUAACAUCAAACAUAUUCAUUAUAGCUUCAUCAUAAAACACAAGCUUGUCCUGCUCAUCAGUCAUGGCUUUUUUUAACAGCUUUGUCACAGUUAUGCAGCAAUAAUGUCUUCAUCCUAAUCAACAUCCCGUAGCUUCUGAUGACUUUGUUUAAGGCUUUUGCAAACAAGACCCCAAACUUGUUACACAGAAUGUGCAUACUACAACAACCACACGGUAUUUCUACAUGCAUAACUUAAGCAUACGUUGUGUAACGUUUACAGGUAGUUUUAAAACCAUUUCACGAAUAAAAAUAAAUACAAAAAAAAAAAA